AGCACUCCUGGCUCAAGCCCGAGACGUGACAAACCGAUCCCCGCGAUCCCCGCGACGUGUGACCGGAGGCGCCAAGCGAGAUGCUUUUCUCCUUCCGUGCAGCGGUGCUCCUGAGCUUUCUUGGAUUUGUCCAAGGCUAUGUGAACACCACCGGACUGAUUUGUCAGUACGGUUGCUGGGAUGAGGAGGAUGAAGCGUGUCAUGGGGGUCUGAAUGAAAUGCAGUGUGCCGAGAUCUAUGGUCAUGUCUACUGGGAGCCUUGGUGUGACUGUGUGGACGCGGCCACGGGGCGAGCCAACAACAUCACCACCGCCGAGCCGCGCACAGGUGUCGCCAACAUCUACUUCUCGGUGCCCGCUUUUGUUGUUCUGUUCCGGGAGAGCCUGGAGGUGGUCAUUGUCCUCGCCAUCAUUUUACAGUUCCUGCAGAAGAUGAAGCAGGAUGGGCUGAUGCAGCCGGAGCAGUACUACAAGUUCCGCCGCGAGGUCUACGUGGGUGCCGGCUUAGGAUUUGCCUUGUGUCUCUGCUUCGGCGUGGGGUUCUUGGCUUUGGCCUCGCUGACCUACCAACUCUUCGAGGGGGACAAUGAACGGAUCUUCCAGUUCUGUAUGAUGAUGCUCACCUCUGCCGUCUUGACCUUCUUGGCGGUGAACUUUUACAAGAUGAUCUUCACGAAGGAAGCCCAUGAACGGAAGAUGAAGAAACAGAUGGAGGCGACUUUGGAGGCGACACGGGAAGCAGAAACUGGACAGCAGGUGAGCUUCGGCCGCAAACAUGCCUUCUUUGUGUUGGCCUUCACAACAGGCCUACGGGAGGGUUUGGAGUCCAUUGUCUUCUUGGUGGGUGUGAUCACCGAUGUGAAGGACUUGAGCUCCCUGCCCUUGCCCAUCAUCAGCGCCUUGGUUUUGUCCCGACUGGUGGGCUGCUGCUUCUUCCAAGGCACCAAGAAGGUCCGUGUGGACUGGUUCAUGCGUGGAAGCGCCAUCCUGCUGAUGUUCAUCGCUGCUGGCUUCUUCUCUGCCUCAAUGCAUCAGUUGCAAGAGCUGGAUGUCUUUGGGAUUUGGAGCCCACGCUCCCAAAGGCCCUGGCAGAACGUGAACGUGUGGGAUGCCCGGGACUGUUGCAACGACAAGACCAAUCGCUUCUUUGUCUUGAUGCGAGCACUCUUUGGUUGGCAAGAUCAAGCAACUCCUGUAGAGAUCUUCGCCUGGUUUGCUUAUUGGAUCGUUGGGAUCGCAGCAGUGGCCAUCAUGAUCCAUCGGGCCAAGAAGCAGUUGGCCAAGAUGAUGGAGGAGUGGCGGAAGCAGGACGAGGCCCAGGCUGACAAGAAGGAGAGUGAAGCAGUGUCUGACUCUGCUCCCCUGGAGCUGGAGAUCAGUGCUUAGGAAGAUUAACCUGGAAUGCCAAGAGUUUAAGUGGUUGUUCCUUGCAACCAUCUUGGUUCUUUGGGGCUCCAGGUAGCACCUUCCGUUCGUGACACGUGGAGAGUAAAGCUAACGCUUCUACCUCAUCCAGGGAUCUCAAAUUAGAGGCACAAAUUCC